UUUGACUGUAUAGUUGUUAUAUUUGUUAAUGCUUAAUUUGUACCAAUACGGGUAGAGCAAUAUAAAAGAGCUAAAUGUGAAUGAUGGGUUUACCUGAUUUAUCCACUCAUGGCGGGCCAACCUUGGCCGUUAAAACAAAUGUGGGUUUUAUACAUAUGUUACGACAUACGAUGUAUAUGUAAAUUUAUGGGUGAUUAGUUUUUAAUUUAUUUACGGCUGACAAUUUAUAUAAGCCAUUGGAGACCACUGGAGCAAUCGGUGCUAGUGAUGAGUCCUCCACCAGACGUUAUCUGCCACCAGUCUGCAGAGUAUGGCAGGUCCUGACGAGAUCUCGCGCGUGCAAGACGGUUAUUUUUCGCGUGCGCGCGUGCUAUCAUUAAAAAUCUGAGUGCGAAGCAUGUACAUUUUCAAGCCACGUUAGGAAAUCUCACUUAAUUUAAUACGUAUUUUUUUCUUUGUUUAAUUAAUUGGCGUGCGUGGGACACAUUGUGGCGUGCAUCAUCAAAAGUCUGUAAAAAAAUCGCGCAUGCACCUGCCAUACUCUGCAGUCUGGAUCUGCCAUACUGCCAAUCACUAACUACCAACCUCUAAAACUUCCCACCAGCCUUAUCUGUAACGUAUCAGAAGAUUCUUCACUAAUGCCAAAUAUUCAAACUGCUUAUGGGUUACAUUAAUAAACUAAAUAUCAUAAAAAGUAAAAAUAUACAGCGCUGGAUUGCCUGUCCCCUGCAAGACCAUAACAAACCUCAUACACUCCAACAAACAAUUGCACUGCAUCAAAUUUCGUCUGCAAAGUUACUCACAAUCAUUCAACUCUUCUUUAUUCUUUAAAACCAAAUAUAAAACAUGUUUUCUAUUGUAGUAAAACUUCUCGUAAUUUGUAACCAACUGUUUGUUUGCACCGCCAGUCAUGGUUGAGUAGUUUGCAAAACCAUUAGGCGUGUCCAAUAGAUAUCGAUAUGUUUCGUAAAAAACGUUUGGUUGACAAUCUAUGGGCAACCCAAUAUAGUAAGUAACGAAUUAGAGCGAUAUCUGUUAAGUGUCUUGCUUGAAUACACGCACAUUCAAAGUGGUAUCAGCAUCAAGCAUCGAAUACAGUAUCCGUUGGUGACGAUGCAAGCGCCCAACCACUGGAGUAUGGCUCGUAUUAGACCUUAUGCCUUUGGCGAUUCGAUAGUUCACGUUGGUGUUCAUUUGCAGAAAUAUUUGCGUGGGCUGCAGCAUUCUUUGGCCUACGCAUUUUUUGAUUGUGCGUAUAAUAACCAGAAGAGAAUUUCUUUAUUAUCCCCCAGGAUAGUUUAGCAGGACACGAACAAAAGUUUAGGAAAGAUAACGUUUUCAAACUUAACUGGUUAAAGUUUAUUUUUAUGAAACUUUAUUUGAUCACAGGUUCACCAGAAAGGAUGUUGUUCGUUGCACAGCUCACAGUAAUAUUCGUAUUGUCAGCAACUGCAGUUCUUUCACAGCAUGCAACAACGGACAAUAUAGCAGAGGCAGGGUCGUGCCAUGUUUCUGCAGUUUGUUCAUCCAACGAUUCCAUAAGUAACGUCAACAUACCCCUGCGAUCCAGCGAAAGUAACGUGGAACUGGAACAAAUACACAACGUGGUGCUUCGGUUACACCAGAGGCUCAAUGAAACGAUCAGACAUGAGAAACGAAAGCGUAGGCAGCAAGACGCAAUGCUAGCAGUUCUGAAAAGUCAUCUACGAAUCGUGGAAGUUCGUGUAAAACGUAUCGAAAGAACUUUGUCACUGGACCAUCUUCGUACCACGCUGGGUGAUUACAACAGAGGCUGGUAUGACGGGGGAAACGGUUACGAAUACAAGAUACGUUGGGAUUACAUAGCUUUAAGUUAUGACGACGCGCGAGCAAGUUGUGAGAAUAUGGGAGCAAAGAUUGCAACAGUUGGAGUCCGGCAGCAACAAACUUUUAAUGCCCUAAAAAAGCUCUUCCGAAAAUCGUCGUUGUAUACAUACAUCGGGUUAACUGACCGUGAGAACGAAGGUGUUUGGGUGUGGGACGAUGGUAGACUUGCCAAGCAUUACUGGACCAACUGGUUGAAUGUUGAACCAAACGACAGCAGAAACAACGAAUACCAAGGAGAAGACUGUGCGUUUAUCACAGCACGUGAGCCUUACCAAUGGAAUGAUACUCCGUGUUAUAACCCGGCACACGUCUUGUGCGAAAGACCAACUACGCGUCAGUGACAUUGGUUGAUACGGAAAUGAUAAUGAAGUGGUUUUCAGAACAUAUUUAGCAUACACGCGCCGCAUAAUUGUACUUGCAAUAGCGUAUUCGCAAAAUAAAUUGCAUACCGAAAUA